ACUUAUCUCCUGUCGAAUAAAUUAAUCCAACGGCUCUAUUUGGCUUACCAUUUAAAACCUUAACUACAAUUCUAGCCGUUACACCAACACCAUCUUUUCACUUGCUGAAAUCUUUAAGAAUCUCCCAAAUCAAAUUCUUAGGGUUUCAUUCUUCUAUUUCUGCUACUUCUUUCUCACUUCCAUUUCUAUUUCCAUUUUCGCACACAUUUCAAUUUUUGAUUCAAUGUCUUUCAAUAACAACAACAACACCAAAUCUUCAUCUUCUUCACUUCCAUCAAACCCUAGUCCAAGAAAUUCAGAAAUCAGUAAUCCUAUGAGAAGAAGUUUCACUGGAAAUCCAUUCGCCAAACCUUCCCUCAUCGCAAACCCUAGAUCUACUUUCUCUCACACCCCCGCCAAUAGUCCUUCAGAUUUUUCAAGAAAAAGCUUUGUUGAUGACAAAGAAAAUGUUAAAGAUCAGAUUCUGAAACCGGCAAAGAUUCGAUCACCAGCUGCAACUUCAAAAUCAACAAAGAAUUUCAUGUCUCCGACGAUCUCGGCUUCCAUCAAGAUGGCUGAGUCUCCGAGAAAGAAAAUCCUCACUGAGAGGAACGAGCCUGCUCCUUGUUCUGACCCUAAAGUUCAUAUGCGUAAGGUAACUUUUGCUGAUCCUUUAGAACAGAAAAGCUUAGAUGCUUCUUUUGAUGGGAGUGGAAUCCCUUUCCCUUGUUAUGAGUCUGAAGAUUUGAGUGAUGAAACUUUGUCUGAUUCCAAUGUUGUUAGUUUGAUUCCAAUGGAUGAUUUGUCCUUUGAUAAUACUAUGCAAAUGAAUGUUCCUUUGAUUCCACAGAAUGAAAUUCACACCGAAUCCAUAUUUGAAAAUGUUUCCCAAGAGCCUGAUUUCGUUAACCUUGACCCUACUUUUAAGCUUAGUCCAGCUGCCGCUACUCCACCAGUUUCUUACACAGCUAAUGUCAUAGAUCCUCUUGAUGCUGAUCCCUCUAUGCCACCUUAUGAUCCUAAAACUAACUACCUUUCCCCUAGGCCACAAUUCCUUCAUUAUAAACCAAAACCGCGAAUGGAUUUGGAGGACAGUUUUAUCUUGUCUGGAAACUUUUCAGAUACGGAAGUUACCGAAGAUACUCAGUCGGAUGAAUCACAGAAGGAAUCUGAGGAUGCUUCUUCUGAUGAAACUGUGAAGCGAGAAGAGGAUGAAAUUUCUGAACCAAGUCCUGUUAGGACUGUCAUGCCAGACAAAACUAUUGAAGCAAAAGAGUUGCGUAAAUCACGCUUCUCUUUGAGAUCAAAGGCUUUUGCUCUGAUUUUGCUUCUGUCAGUUGCUUUUGUAUCAUUCUCAAUCUCAAAUUCUCCAGGGAUUGAUCUUGCUGUGUUUGAGGAGUUCUAUGGGGCUUAUAAGUCGUCUGAAUUUUCGGAGUUUGCAAGGGCUAACUUUGAUCAAUUCUCCCAGUUUGCAAAAGCAAAUUAUGAAGGUUUAUCCCGAAAUUUACAUAUUUGGUUUACCAAGUCAUUGUCUUCAAUCUCUGAGUUCAUUUCAGAUGUUAAAGGAGCACGUAGUUUGUCCCAGUUGCAGUAUUUUAACUUGACUGUGCUGCAUGACUAUAUUGAAGAUAGUCAAUUUCCUAUCUUUGGUGGUGGUGAAAAUGUAAUAGGUGACACUCACCUUCCUGCCCAAGAAAAGCAUGCUGACUCAGAGAUUGUUAUGGAUGAGUACUUUGGUGAUUAUGAAGUAUACGAAGAACAACUUCCUGUCCAAGAAGUUGAUGUUGAAGAUGCCCCAGAAUCUGAGGAAGCAUUCAAGGGCCAAUCUGUCACUUUGGUAGAACCACAGCAGGCUUUGCAACCAGUAGAAUCAGCAAGGGAAGAAAACCAAACACCAAGAGAUCAUGAUGGUGACAGUGAAUAUAAGCUAAGUUCAAAUUCCGAGACCGCUGAAAUCCAUAGUGAAGAAGUGUGUGGAGAAGGCAGUGUAGAUACAACAAGAGUAGAAUCAGAAGAAAAUGAUGUUAAAUUAAAUGGCAAAGAAAGUGAUGCAGAUCUCAAGCAUUCACCAGUUUCAGGUUCAGAAGCUGCUGAAACUCACACGGAUGACAAAGCACUGGAAAAAUCAGCAAGCAUGGAUGCUACAAUUAGAGGGAAUGAACAGUCAUUAGAAGCAACUCACAUUCCUCCAAACAUGGUGCUAUACCUGCUGCUUUGUGCUGGUACAAUUUUUAUUGCAGGUGCAACUUUUAACUGGUCAAGGAAAGUUAAUGGCAGAAGCAAAAAGAUUACUAACUCUGUGAAGAAACCUGAGAUUGAAUCUGAGAACAAACAAGUUCCCUUGGAUAAGCCAUCUCUGAGGAAUGCACCUGUAGAAAUGGACGUGGUUGGAGAAUCAUGCCCUUCAGAAAUGAGCAGCUUUGAUAACAGCUCUUCCUAUAGAGUGAAUCAAUCGAAUGAAACUAUUAGUGUGGAGAAAAAGCGCAGGAAUAACCACAGGAGAGAGUCUUUGGCUUCUUCUGACAACUCCAUGGGUUCACCAUCCUAUGGAAGCCUAACGGUGUUUGAGAAAAUUCCAAAGGGACGACGCGGUGAAGAGGAGAUAGUUACUCCGGUUAGGCGUUCAAGUAGGAUUAGGAGCCUUGCCACUUCUCCUGUAUAAGCGGUUUUUGCUGGCUCUCCUUCAUAACCUAACCUGCAUAACUUUGCACGCCUGCAAUGUGAAUGUGUCUGUUUCUAUUUUCUAUUAACAGAAGUGUCUUGUCUUCUGAAUCUUCUAUUUCUACCAUUGACUUUUGUAGCUUUAGAAUUAUUUUUUAAUGAAUGAUGGUUGCUUAUAAAUUGUUGAGUGAAAUUUUGCCAACCUCUAGGUUGAUAUGUGGCUGAAGUAAUAGAU